AUGAUGAUGUUGUGGAGGGUGGAACCACCACAUGCAUUUGUGAUAACAGCGACACUUAUCCUCUUGUACUGCUUUCAGAAGUGGUGGAGUUUCGUUGUACCGGUACAUGUAUUUCCUCAGCACAGUACCAGUUCACCAAGGAUUGGUACCGACCACACGUCUGCCUUGUUGCUGACGACGACCCUAUGUGAAGACAAGUGUCAGAGCCACUGUCGUGAGUAUCAAACUCCAUUCUACCAAUGUUUCCAGGGUGCGGCGCUCUUUCCAAACGAUCCUAGUUGGAAUGCCACGGGAUACAUUUUGGAUUUCCCCCUCAACCAUUCCCAUUUUCAACGACAGUUUUUUGAUACUACUAAUACAUAUCCAACGACGUUAUUAGUAGUGUCGGCAUGUCAAGGAACUCCCACGGAUGAGUUUGUACUGCCCUUUCGCACUUGCGUGGGUCCCUUUGGAAAGCCACGGCCAUGGGGAACCUUUGAUGAAAAAGAAAUCCUGAAUGUAGCAAAAGUACAGUAG